GGUCGGGACAGAGAUUUAUCACAAACGUUAAGGAUCUGGUUGAGUGACACUUUGGAUCAGAACAUGGUGCUACGAAAGAUCGUCAUCCUGGCGCUGUGCCUCCUGGCUGUGCGCACCUGCACGGCCAGGUGCCGUAACGCGACAGACCUGGAGGAGACGAUGCGGAGGAUGAUCCAGAAGCAGGGUUCAGGGCCCCCGGACACCCAAAGCUCAGCGGACUCCUCCGUCUCCUGCCCGCUGGACCUCUACCAGAAGCUGCCCUCCAUGGCUGACAAAGAUCGCUCCCUUUCUCCCUGGAAAUGGGUGACGGUAACCAGACCCGAUUACUUCCCCCGCACCUACACCGAGGCCAAGUGCAUGUGCGAAGGAUGCAUCCUGGUGCUCAAGAACGGAACGGUGAUCGAGAGCCCCGACUACAACAGCAAGCCGCUGCUCCACGCUUUCUUGUUCCUGAGGAGAGUCAGAGACAACUGCAAGGAAGGCAUGUACCGUCUGGUGCGGGAGAAAACGGAGGUGUCUGUGGGGUGCACCUGCGUCAGGGCGAACACGGUGAGCUCGUAGGGCCGAACCCAAACUACCACCAACUCCUGCAGACCUGGAGCUCAUAGCGACACCACUUCUGGACUCUGGUCGAGUUCUGCAGCUGCAAUUUGAGCUGGACUCCCGCAGCCGCUUUUAACUACUUAUUUAUUGCCUAUUUAUUUAUCCAAACUGUGUUGGGUUGGUCUUUCUCAUAACAAGUGUGAAGCUCUGCAUAGGGCAGCUGAAGUAAGCAGGGUAUUAAAUACCCGAUUCCACAACUGAUGAUAUUUCAUCAAAAAAAAAAUGGAGCUAUUGUGUACUACUGUUAUCUGAUAACAAUAAUAACAUUAAUAUUUAUGUUUUUUUGUUUGCAUUUAUAAUGUGUCAGAUUUUUCAUCACAUGAUGAG